CAAGCAGCUGAAGGAGCAGUGCUACAUAAGCCCAGCCGUUCAGAGCCAGACUUCUGAGAUUUGCGAAGAGUUAAGUGAGUUGCAGAUGGACAAGCUGUCAAAAUCAGAGGUGGUUCUCCCACCAGCAGAGCAACAAGAGAAAUUCGAUGAAAUCAGCCUGUCGGAAGGAAGUACGGUGGAUUUGGCAAUUCCGUCAGAUCUUCUGGAACAGAUGCCUGAACUGGCAGAAGAACUGAUGGAACCUGAAGAUUGUUUCCCAGAAUCUUGUGUCCGAAUUCUUCCAUGCUGUUCAGCAGACAUCACAAAAUUCCCUGGCAAAAUUUGGUGGCGGCUGAGGAAAACCUGCUAUCAAAUUGUUGAACACAGUUGGUUUGAGACUUUCAUCAUUUUCAUGAUUCUUCUCAGCAGUGGAGCUUUGGCCUUUGAAGACAUCUACUUGGAAGAAAGAAAGAACAUUAAAACCAUGUUGGAGUAUGCGGAUAAGAUCUUCACCUAUAUCUUUGUUCUGGAAAUGCUUCUGAAAUGGGUAGCCUAUGGCUUUAAGAAGUACUUCACCAAUGCUUGGUGCUGGCUUGAUUUCCUCAUUGUCGAUAUUUCAGUUAUUUGCCAGAUAGCUACAAUUCUCGGUUAUGACCACCUGGCUGCUAUGAAAUCUCUGAGGACACUGAGGGCCUUGAGGCCCCUCCGAGCCUUGUCCCGGUUUGAAAGCAUAAGGGUCUCAUUAAUAAGCCUCAUAGCUAAUACUCUUGGAUACUCCGAAAUGGGUCCCAUUAAAUCCCUUAGGACCCUCAGAGCUCUGAGGCCUUUAAGAGCACUCUCACGAUUUGAAGGGAUGAGGGUGGUAGUCAAUGCCUUGGUAGGUGCCAUCCCUUCUAUCAUGAAUGUGCUGCUUGUCUGCCUCAUUUUUUGGCUCAUCUUCAGCAUCAUGGGAGUCAACCUGUUUGCCGGAAAGUUUGGGAAAUGCAUUAACAAGACAGAAGGUGAUGAGCCUUUGAACUACACAAUUGUCAACAACAAGAGUGAUUGUCAAAACUUGAAUGACACUGGAGAGUUGUACUGGACAGUAGUGAAAGUCAACUUCGACAAUGUCGGUGCAGGUUACCUGGCUCUGCUUCAAGUGGCAACUUUUAAAGGUUGGAUGCAGAUUAUGUAUGCAGCGGUAGAUUCACGAGAGAGGGAGGAGCAGCCUAUAUGGGAAUAUAACUUGUACAUGUACCUCUACUUCGUGAUCUUUAUCAUCUUUGGUUCCUUCUUCACCUUGAAUCUCUUCAUUGGUGUCAUCAUUGACAAUUUCAAUCAACAAAAGAAGAAGUUAGGUGGACAAGACAUCUUCAUGACUGAGGAGCAGAAAAAGUACUAUAAUGCCAUGAAAAAACUAGGAUCCAAGAAACCUCAGAAGCCUAUCCCCCGUCCACUGAACAAGUAUCAAGCUUUCAUCUUUGACGUUGUCUCGAAUCAAGCCUUUGAUGUUUGCAUCAUGCUUCUGAUAUGCCUAAAUAUGGUGACCAUGAUGGUGGAAACUGAUGACCAGAGCCCAGAAAAAGUGAACAUCCUUUACAGAAUCAACAUGGUCUUUGUUGCAAUCUUCACUGCGGAGUGUAUUUUCAAAAUGACAGCUCUGAGGCACUACUAUUUCACCAAUGGAUGGAAUAUAUUUGAUUUUGUAGUCGUGAUUCUGUCAAUUGUUGGCUCAGUGCUGUCUGACAUCAUCCAGAAAUACUUCUUUUCCCCCACCCUGUUCCGAGUCAUCCGCUUGGCUCGGAUUGGUCGGAUCCUGAGACUUAUAAGAGGUGCCAAAGGAAUCCGAACUCUUUUGUUUGCCUUAAUGAUGUCCCUCCCUGCGUUGUUCAAUAUUGGACUCCUCCUGUUCCUGGUCAUGUUUAUUUAUGCCAUCUUUGGCAUGGCCAACUUUGCCUAUGUUAAAAAAGAGUAUGGGAUUGAUGACAUGUUCAACUUCGAAACAUUUGCCAACAGUAUGCUUUGCCUCUUCCAAAUCACUACGUCAGCUGGCUGGGAUGGUCUUCUCAACCCCAUUUUGAACACGGGGCCACCAUAUUGUGACCCCAGCUACACUAACACAAAUGGCUCAAGGGGAAACUGUGGCAGUCCUGCAGUGGGAAUUCUGUUCUUUGUUACUUACAUCAUCAUCUCUUUUCUCAUUGUUGUAAACAUGUACAUAGCUAUUAUAUUAGAGAACUUCAGUGUUGCCACUGAAGAGAGUACAGAGCCUCUAAGUGAGGAUGACUUUGAUAUGUUUUAUGAAACUUGGGAGAAGUUUGACCCUGAAGCUACUCAGUUUAUUGAGUAUGCUGCCCUGUCCAAUUUUGCAGAUGCUCUGCCAGAACCUUUGCGCAUUGCAAAACCCAACCAGAUUAAGCUCAUAGCAAUGGACCUCCCCAUGGUGAGUGGAGACAGGAUCCAUUGCUUAGAUAUUUUGUUUGCUUUCACCAAAAGAGUGCUGGGAGAAUCUGGAGAGAUGGAUGCCCUUAAAAUACAGAUGGAGGAAAAAUUCAUGGUGGCCAACCCAUCGAAGAUUUCUUAUGAACCCAUCACCACCACUCUGAGGCGAAAACAGGAAGAGGUGUCCGCCAUUGUCAUCCAGAGGGCUUAUAGAAGCCACCUUUUCCAACGCUCCCUCAAGCAAGCUUCCUUCUUAUACCGCCAAAAAACUUGCCAUCUUGAGGAUGAGGCACCAGAGAAGGAAGGCCUCAUUGCCUUCAUGAUGAAUGAAAACUAUGGGAAGCCAAUAGACAAAUCAGAAACUGUCUCUUCCACUUCCUUCCCGCCUUCCUAUGAUAGUGUCACCAGGGGCACCAGUGAGAACUUCCAGCUAAAGUUGACAGACUCCAGUGGAAGUGAUGAACCGCUAGACGAUCAGUUAUCAGCUGACCGAGAUAAAGAGUCAAUUGUUUAAACGUUUCUCGUUUAGAACACUUUACAAUAUUGUUUACAGAAUGUAAUGCUGUCACUACACAACUGUUGAAGCAGCCUUGUUAAACAUUAGUUGCAAAGGCAGCAGGAAAGCAGGUAAACCCUGAAGGAAGGGUGCGUCACUGUGUUAUAGAGGCAUAACCUCUGACCCUGCUCUUUUCCACUUUGCUCAAUGUUUAUAUUUAUAUAUGCACAAGGAGGGCGGAAGGGGAGCCAGCACAAGGUCACAGCCGAAGUGUGAUUACGGAGACGCUAAACUGUAAUACAGUAAAUAUUUAUACCUAUACACAGAUAAACCUGAGCGCAUACUUUCAUUUUAAGGUCUUACUUAUAUUAGUGCAUUUAUUUAUGGCAAUGUAUGACCUUGCAUUCUAUAAUAAGAACAUUGGGAUGGAGAGGGAGCAAUCAAGUAGCUGCUGUAGCAAUGCUGUAAUACUUAAUGUAUAUGUUAUGAAUGGUCUUUCUAAAGAAUUUGAA